GGAACCUCCCUUGGAUCUCACCCAGGCCCUGGAAUUCCUCAGCACCAGACUAGGCACCUUUGUACCCCUGCCCCCACGGGCCUAGAUCCUACUCUACUCUCCCCGCCUUAUGCAGGGCGGAGCCAGCUGCCAAAGCAGCAAGACUUCACACAGAGCCCAGCCUCCUUGCAGGGUCCAGAGCCGAGGCCCAGAGGGGCCCUUGGCAGGACCCAAUGAAGACACUACUGACCUUCCUUGCUGUGGGAUCCCUAGCCGCUCGCACUACUGAGGACACAGCGAGACUCCUUCAAUACGUGAGAUUCCAGUCCAGGAACUUUGAAAACAUCUUGACGUGGGGCAGUGGACCAGACAGCACCCCAGACACCGUCUACAGCGUGGAGUAUAAGAGGUACGGAGAGAAAGAGUGGCUGGCCAAGGCAGGCUGCCAGCGGACCACCCAGAAGUACUGCAACUUGACUAUGGAGACGGGCAACCUCACCGAACUUUACUAUGCCCAGGUCACGGCUGUCAGCCCAGGAAGGAAACAUGACAGCAAGAAAACUGACCGUUUCAGCUCACUGCAACACACUACUAUCAAACCACCAGAUGUGACCUGUAUCCCCAAAGUGAGGUCCAUUCAGAUGCUGAUCCACCCCACGUUCACACCCAUCCGCUCGGAAGAUGGCCACCAGCUAACUCUGGAGGAGAUUUUCCGUGACCUGUUCUACCACUUAGAACUCCGAGUCAACCACACCUACCAAAUGCACCUUGAAGGCAAACAGAGAGAAUAUGAAUUCCUUGGCCUGACUCCUGACACAGAGUUCCUCGGAGCCAUCACAAUUUUGGCUCCAAUGUGGUCCAAGGAGAGUGCUCCCUACAUGUGCCGAGUGAAGACACUGCCUGACCGGACGUGGGCCUACUCCUUCUCAGGCGCUGUGCUCUUCUCCAUGGGUUUCUUCGUCGGCUUGCUCUGCUAUCUAGGCUACAAAUACAUCACCAAGCCACCAGUACCUCCUAACUCCUUGAAUGUCCAGCGUGUUCUGACCUUCCAGCCACUACGCUUCAUCCAGGAGCAUGUGCUGAUCCCUGCCUUGGACCUCAGUGGCCCCAGCAGUCUGGCUCAGCCCAUCCAGUACUCCCAAGUGAUGAUUUCUGCACCCAGGGAGCCACCUGGACCUGCACAACGGCACAGCCUGCCUGAGGUCACCUACAUAGGACAAUCAGAUGUCUCCAUCCUCCGACCCACCAACGUGUCACCUCAGCAGACAUUGUCCCCACCAUCCUAUGCCCCAAAGGCUGUCCCUGAGGUCCAACCCCCUUCCUACGCACCUCAGGUAGCCUCUGAUGCCAAAACUCUAGUCUACUCACCACAGCAGGUAAUGAAGACCCACCCUUCCACCUAUAAUGCACAGAGCAUUCUGGACAGCUGGCCUGCUUCCUAUGGUGUGUGUGGAGAAGACACUGGCAAAGACUCAACUCCUGAUGCCCUGUCCAGUCCCAAACACCUCAAGCCAAAAGGUCAGCUCCAGGGAGACACACUUGCAGGAAACUGUCUCCCAGGAGACCUUUCUCUGCAGGGAGUCACCUCCUUGGCUGACAAGACACAAAGACCAAAAUCACUCCCCCAGCCUCUGGAGUUUUGCACAGACAGAGGGCCUGACCUUCAUGCCCUAAACAGUGGUGAACCAGAGACACCAUGGUACCUGAAGGGGCCACUAUCCCUCCUGUCCUCUGUCCAGAUCGAAGGCCACCCUGUCUCCCUCCCUUUGCACACCCAUCCCCUCUCAUGUUCCUCCUCCGACCAGGGACAAAGUCCCUGGGGCCUGCUGGACUCCCUUGUGUGCCCCAAGGAGGAGGGUCCAGUGGAUGAGGCUGAGGCCAUGAGCCCCAAUGCUGAAGCCUCUGAGCUGGAGCCACCCACAGAACUGGACUCUCUCUUCAAAGGCUUGGCUCUCACUGUGCAGUGGGAAUCCUGAAGGAAGAUCAGAGUAAGCAGGGCUGGGCUGCUCCUGCUCCUGCCCC